UAUCCUGAACAUAAAAUCUCAUAAGUAAUACUUAUGACAUGUAAUAAUAGGCAUUCAUGAAAGCAUGGAAUGAAGCAUGUCAUUCUGAUGUACCUGCAACAUUUUUGGUUCCUGAGAACAAGAGAUACCUUCUGAAGCCAGUAAACUUCUAUGGUCCCUGCAAAUCUAUCGUUACAGUGAUGAUCAUGGGGGCAAUCGAAGCUUCAUCGAACCGUUCGGAUUGGGAUGACGACGGUACUACUGCUCACUGGAUCUUAUUCAGCAACAUACAAAAUCUCAUCAUAAGAGGGGGAGGAACAAUCAUCGGCAAUGGUGAAAUAUGGUGGAAGAAUUCAUGCAAGAUCAAUGCAAAGCUUCCUUGUACAGUUGCUCCAACGGCUUUGACAUUUUUUUCAUGCAAUCAACUAAGAGUAGAGAAUCUGAACCUUAUAAAUAGCCAGCAGAUUCAUGUCUCGGUUGAAGAAUGCACUGACGCUAUUAUUUCAAAUGUAAUGAUCACUGCACCAGAAGAAAGUCCAAAUACUGAUGGAAUUCAUGUGAGUAAAACCAGCAAUAUACUUAUAAAAGACUGUGUAAUUAGAACAGGCGAUGACUGCAUAUCAAUUGCUACUGGUUCACAAAAUGUCAGUGUUAUGAGUAUAGUUUGUGGUCCUGGUCAUGGAAUCAGUAUUGGAAGCUUAGGUGCCAAUAAUUCCCUUGCUGAGGUUUCAGAUAUCAUUGUGGAUGAUGUUACAUUGGAAGGUACUACUAAUGGAGUCAGAAUAAAAACCUGGCAGGGAGGCCAAGGUGAUGUAAGGAACAUUGUAUUUCAGAAUAUCAUCAUGCGCAAUGUUUAUAAUCCCAUUAUAAUUGAUCAAAACUACUGUGACUCCCUGGUUCCAUGUUAUGAAGAGAAGUCCGCAGUGUUGAUAAGCGGUGUGAUAUACAUGAACAUCAAGGGAACAAGUGCUUCGAAAGUUGCAGUAAAUUUUAGUUGCAGUAGAACUCUUCCAUGCCAGAACAUAAAGAUGGAAAACAUUAGGUUGGUUGGAGAAGGAGGGCAAUCAACAGAAAGCAUGUGCAGUAAUGUUAUGUUGUCAAAGAGUAAGAUGGUUGUCCCCCAACUAUGUGUCUAAAGCAAAAAUAUCAUUGCAAACAAAGCCAAUAGUAAAAUUUCAGCUAUAAAGAUAAUGUAUAUGUAGAUUUACAAUUAUGUUACGCCCAAAUAAAUGCAUUUUUAUUUCUAUGAUAAUGUUCUACUCUGAUUGGGUGACUUGGCCUGCCCCUCAACCCCUUAUCAUUUUAGUUAGAAUGUAGAAGAUAAACUUCGAACACUUAGAAGUCACAGUCUCUGCUGAUUCACCAUUUAAGUAACAAGUAGUAUAAACUAAAAUGAGAUUUAAGAUAAUAAAACUCCAUCUUAUUCUAAUGCCCCUACUAAAAAAAGAUUAAGUUUAUUAAAUACUUCGUUGGUAAGUUAAAUUGGAGCAUAACAAGCCAUCUAAAGGUAAUAUCUGGUAGACAUUUAUUAGAAUAGCUUCUCAGUAAUUAACCUACAAUCCUACGUCAACUCCUCUCAAAAAAAAAAAGAUUUUGCUG